AUGCCGGCGUCGGCCAAGAGAAGCCAGCGCGGCCGGCGCGAUGUGCGCAGCAAGGACAAGGAAAUCGCCGCAGCCGACGUCGAAAGCUCGUCCCCCAGCCGUCCCGCAAAGCGUCGCAAGAGGGCCCGGUCGCCAGACCAAUCCGACAUCAGCAACACCAACAACGCCAGCAGCAGCACCACCCACGGCGCAUCCGCAUCGCAAGCUCCCGAGCCCGAGCCGCCGUCCAGAGCCGAAGACGACCAGCUGGUGGCGCAGGUGACGCAGCAGCUCAAGACACAGCCGGUCCAGGCCAGCAAAGACCACUCCAACGCCAUCCACGAGGCCAACGGCGACGGCGUCAAGGCGUAUGCCAAGGUGGCCGCACAGGACUGGACAUACUACAUCACCAAGCUCAGCGUCCACAUCGGACGCGCACCGGAGGCGGCGCAUGGCGGGGCAGGCGGUGCUGAUGCUGCCCAUGAAGCGGUGCACAUCGACCUCGGCCCCAGCAAGAUGGUGUCGCGCGAGCACGCAUCCAUCUCGUUCAACUCCAAGGACGAGAAGUGGAUGCUCUACGUCAAGGGUCGCAACGGGGCAAAGGUCGAUGGCCAGCCCGUCAAGGCCCAGACAUCACAUGCGCUGACCAGUGGUGAAGUGAUUGAGAUCGGCAACGUCGAGAUGAUGUUUGUGCUUCCGUCAGAGCUGAGUGCACUCCACAUCCACCCGAUCUUCCUCCAGCGGUGCGGACGGGCUCUCGGGACUCCAAAGGCUGCCAACGCGCAGGUUCGCCGCUAUGGCUUGGACACUCCCGCCAAGAUAGAACAGAAGCGACCGGGCACGCCAACCUCGUCUCACGACCGCAACGUUGCAGCGAUUACAAAAUCCCCGGUCGCAGCGAGCACUCCGGGAGGAAUACUGGGAGCCAGCGGCGUAGACCUUAGUCUUGACGAUAAUCAGCACAUGAAACCCCAGUAUAGCUAUGCGCAGAUGAUCACGCAGGCCAUCCUCAAUGCGCCGGACGGCAAGCUCAAUCUCAACGGCAUCUAUAAUUUCAUCAUGAGUAGUUAUUCCUAUUAUCGCCACCAACACGCGGCUGGUUGGCAGAAUUCUAUCCGGCACAAUCUGUCGCUGAACAAAUCCUUCGACAAGGUCGCCCGAACCACCGACGAGCCCGGCAAGGGCAUGAAAUGGCAUAUUGUGCCCGAGGCGCGCGACGAAAUGGUUAGAAAUGCAUACAAGAUUGGCCGCGGCGGGCAUAGAGGGUCGUCGGUGCCGUCAUCGCCGAGCCAGCUGAAUUAUAUUACACACGGCCCUAAGGACAUGCUAGCCAGGGAUCUUCCGUCCGCGCAGAAGCGGCGAGGAUCGCCGCUGAAAUCGCCGCCUCCCCAAUCAUCGCGCCGCGCCUUACAGUCAACGCCGGAUCGCGCAUACGAUCGCCACACCGGCCUCAGCUCCGCUCUGACGGCCGACGGCAGCCCGCUGCCCCGGGCACGAAAGUCAACGACAACCGACUCGCCGCUGCCCGGGUUCCACCCGCAGUCGCCGACGUUGACCUCGUCGUAUCUGCAGGACGACAACCCGUCAUUCGUCACCCCUGCGCCGCCCCGAGUACACCCCAAGCUUGCGCCUCCGAGCACUGCGCAGCGGCCGAGCCAGCACAUGCCGACAAGCUCGCCGGCGCCGUUCUGGAAAUACGCCGACAUUGGCAGCACGCCGCUGAAGCCAAUGGCGCCGUACGAAGUCAGUCCUUCACGAGCAUCUCGAGAGGCUCCCACACGGAGCAGCAGCCCCCCCACGGUUGGCGGCAAGUCACCGCCCAGCAGUCCAUCUCGGCCACAGAAAUUGGGCCAAAAUGAGGCUGCAGAUGCUGGCGAUGAGCCUGAAGAUGAGCAAGGUUUUGACCUGAUGAGGGGAUUUCAAAGUAUAGGCGCAUAUCACGCCCCAGUAGGGAGAGGCGUUUCAAUUGGCGCUGCCCUAAAAGGCGGGUCGUGA